GUGGGGGCAGAGACUCCGUGCGAGAGAACUGAGCCAACACCAAGAAUGAACGCGGCUGGCCCCGGAUACCCCAUUGCCUCUCUGUAUAUCGGAGACCUGCACCAAGAUGUCACGGAAGCAAUGUUGUACGAGAAGUUCUCUCCUGCUGGGCCCGUGAUGUCCAUCCGGGUGUGCCGGGAUGUGGUCACUCGCCGGUCCCUGGGAUACGCCUACAUCAACUUCCAGCAGCCCGCUGAUGCUGAACGUGCUCUCGACACCAUGAACUUUGAGGUCAUAAAAGGACGACCUAUCCGCAUCAUGUGGUCUCAGCGCGACCCUUCCCUGCGCAAGUCAGGGGUGGGAAACAUCUUCAUCAAAAACCUGGAUGAAUCCAUCGAUAACAAGGCAUUGUACGAUACAUUCUCUGCUUUCGGAAACAUUCUGUCCUGUAAGGUGGUCAGCGAUGAGAGUGGGUCGAAAGGAUACGGUUUUGUUCACUUCGAGACGCAGGAAGCUGCCAACCGAGCGAUUGAGACUAUGAAUGGGAUGUUGCUCAAUGACCGAAAAGUAUUCGUGGGUCACUUCAAGUCCCACAAGGAGAGGGAGGCAGAGUUGGGCAACAAAGCUCUGGAGUACACCAACAUCUACAUCAAGAACUUCGGCGAGGACAUGAGCAGCAGCCGACUGCGGGAGAUCUUCAAUGUCUUCGGAAAGACACUGAGUGUCCGGGUGAUGACCGAUCAGCACGGCCGCUCCAGGGGCUUUGGCUUCGUCAACUUUGAGAAGCAUGAAGAUGCGCGCAAGGCCGUGGCCAAGAUGAACGGGGAAGAAAUCAACAGUCGGGUCGUAUACGUGGGGCGAGCUCAGAAGAAGGCGGAACGGCAGAACGAGCUACGGCGCAAGUUUGAGCUGAUGAAACAGGAGCGCAACAGUCGCUAUCAGGGAGUGAACCUGUACGUGAAGAACUUGGAUGAUGGGAUUGAUGAUGAGUGCUUGAGGAAGGAGUUCUCCCCCUAUGGAACCAUCACCAGUGCAAAGGUGAUGACAGAAGGAGGCCACAGCAAAGGUUUCGGCUUCGUCUGCUUCUCGUCGCCUGAGGAGGCCACCAAGGCAGUCACUGAGAUGAACGGGCGGAUCGUCAGCACCAAGCCUCUGUACGUGGCCCUGGCACAGCGCAAGGAGGAACGGAAGGCCCACCUCACCAACCAGUACAUGCAGAGGCUGGCCAACAUGAGGGCACUGCCCAGCCCCCUCCUCGGCUCCUUCCAGCAUCUGCCCCCCUCAGGGUACUUCAUGCCUGCUCUGCCUCAGGUUCAGAACCGUACUGCGUAUUAUGCUGCCUCUCCAGUGACGCCUGUCCGACAAUCCCAGCGAUGGACAGCUCACCCCAUUAGACCUCCAACUCCCUACCACACCAUGGUGCCCACAGCAAGGGGAGCCACUCCCCGCAGAGUAGCCACAGCCAUCAGCACAGUGAGGCAGGCUUCUACUCAGGUUCCCCAUCACCCGCCCAACACUCAGCGAAUGGUGACUAUCGGAACUCAGACAGUCGGCCCUCGCACUGUCCUUUCCGGGCCCAUGGUCCGUGUUCUGCCACAGUACAAGUACACGUCAGGAGUCCGCAGUAGUCAGCACCCACCCAGCACACAGCAGGUGUCCCAGCCCGCUGCACAUGUCCCUAGUCAGAUGCCACUCACGGCCUCCAUGUUAACUGCUGCACUGCCACAGGAGCAGAAGCAGAUGUUGGGUGAGCGUCUCUAUCCGCUGAUCCACAGUAUGUACCCAACACUAGCUGGAAAAAUUACUGGAAUGCUGCUGGAGAUCGAUAAUUCUGAGCUCCUGCACAUGUUUGAGUCUCGGGAGUCCCUUCGCUCUAAGGUGGAGGAGGCAGUGGCUGUUCUACAGGCUCACCAGGCUAAAGACAGUGUGCAGAAGAAGGGAACCUUGCACUGAGCAGGAAAGGCUUGAGACACUCCAGAAAACUGCCUCGUGAAGAAUCUUUGGAAAAACUAUUGGAAUAAAUUGUUCGCAUGAUUGAAGUUUAGAUGGGGAGAAAAUUGAGCAAAGACUGAGGGGGAUAAUGGUCCUUUUGAGAUUGUGUGGAUGGCCUCUGCCCUACCGUCACCUUUAAUAAAACACUGA